UGGAAUUUGGAUACGCAAACCUGAUCCUUUCUUGCCGCCAAAAUCUAAAGUUGCCACAUUUGCCAGGGCGUCGUUGACGACCGAAAGAAAUUGUUGCCUUCAGAUUUGAAGACUUUGGUGAGUCUGACCUUCCUCCACUACAGCUAGAGUUGCAGCUGGGCAGAAACUUUUCAUUAGCCAGAAGCUCCAGCAGCGCUUCAUCGCAAGGAAAAUGUUUUGAAUUCCACAUGGUGGUACACAAGCUGUUGUUGCCCUUUCAACAUGGUGGUGGGGCCACAUUGCUGCGCGCAGGCAAAAUAUGUAACUUUGGAUUCGUUAAGUCGGCAAUGGUCAACAGCUGGCAAGCGCGAUCUGCAUUUCCCCGCCAGAUGUGAUGCCCAGCAAAUGCCCCGCAAUCGGAGUCACAAUGUUAGGAGAGCUUCUCAUUCUGCGGGUCUGCUUCUGGGGCUUGCAAAAGCGCCAGCUGUUCAAGUAGAAACCCAAAUCAAACGGUUGCAAUUGCACCACCAAUUGGUUUCCGGACCAAACCUUUUCAGUGUCGAUCGCCGCCUGUCUUUGCCGGUCACUUGCAACGCAAAGGGCAAGCACGAAUCGCAAGUCGGCGCCAGUGCAGAAUCGAAACCAGACGUAGCCAUUUCUGAUGCCUCUGAAGAAAGUCCAAAGCAGCCCCUUAGGCUCAUCCUGCUGCGCCAUGCCAAGAGCUCUUGGGACGACCCAAGCUUAAAAGACCACGAGCGGCCCCUCAAUAAUAGGGGCCGGAAGGCGGCACCAAACGUCGCGGCGCAGCUCCGCUCGCGAGGCUGGCUUCCGGAGCUCAUACUCAGUAGUGACUCUGUCAGGACGCAGGAGACCCUACAAGGGAUGCGCGGUGAAUGGGGAGAGCUCGCAGACGUGCCAACUGAAUUUCUACACAGUUUUUAUGAGGUGGCAGCCACGGAAGACGGCCUCACCGACACGCCCCGACUUCUAAAAGAGGCUGUGAUCGAGAAAGCGGAAGCGGCUCGGAGUGCAAUGCUAGUGGGCCACAACAUGGGAUGGGAACAGGCGGCUAGUCAGUUUGCGGGCAAGUUCGUCCCGAUGAAAACGGCAUAUGCGGUGCUGCUUGAGAGCCCGUGCUCGAGUUGGAAAGAGGCCUUUCAAGAAAGGUGGCAUCUUGUGGCGGUGGUCAAGCCGGAGUCAUCAAAGGCGUCAUAAGUCGCGCGCGAUCAUAGGAUUGAAAAACUCUGUCUCAUAAGUUGCGACUCGACUAUGCCGGCACUGAGCACUCAAUUGCCACAGUUAUCGAGCUUGACAAUGCCCGUUCGUUGCCCAAGAAGUGAUCCUAGCAAAAUUGUCUUCCUUGAAACAAGCAGCCGGGCUGUGCAUGUCGAUCAGAAGCAGGCUGGUGCGUGUUGAGCAAAAACAUGAGCCAUGGACCUAGCUGCUUCAAGACAAGACGUUUCCUACUAUGUGCUAGCUCUACAACUCUAGAAACCCAUUUAGACGGAGUAUGUGCAAAUCUCGUUGCAAACAAGCUG